CGAGUCGACUUGAGCUGAGUUUUAAACAAGAAAUCGAAAUAAUAAUUACAAUUUGAUACUGUAAACAGCACAUACUAAUCUUAAAUAGCUCUCCCUUAAUUUACUCUUCUAAAAGUGUCAACUUCUAUAUAUAUGCGUGACGAUAUUUAGGAAGGUUGAUAUUUCACGAUGGAGUCAACAUUGCAAGACACGGAGGAAGUUUUCGUGAAGGGUGAACCCCCUGAGGACUGUGGACAAGACGAGCCCUCAUGCGAUGUGUUUAUAAAAAUCGAACCGUGUGUAAAGGACGAGCCUAUGUGCGAGAGAGUGUCUUUUGAAAUGAAGUUGGAAGAUGUGUGUGUGAAACAGGAGCCCUCAGAGACGGAUGGCACGGCGACGGCGGGACUGUACGCCGGUCAUCUCGAGAAUAAUGAGCUGGUACUUCAGCCUGUGCGCGGUCCCGAGCCAGCGGUGAAGCGGCGCGUUGCUACCCAAGGGCAAUCUCCAAAGAAGAAAUCAAGCGUACUACAUGAUGUCAAACGUUAUAAAUGUGACCAAUGUAGUUUUAUUGCUUGUACCAAUGAAGCUGAUUUGCUAAUACAUAAAAAAAUACAUACCAUUAAAAAAAAAGGAGUGCUUAAAAGGACAGAUACUAAAAAAAAGGCGUACAAAUGCAGCUAUUGCAGUGAGGCUUUCUCAGAAGAAGUUAGUUUGCAAGCACACAAACGGAAACACACUGGUGAAAAGUCCUUCAAAUGCGAUCAGUGCGGCUAUACCAGUACACAGGAACGCUAUUUACUAAGCCACAAAGCUUCACAUAUCAAUGUAAGGCCUUAUAAAUGUAGCCAAUGUGACUUUGCUUGUGCCAAAAAAGAUGAGCUAAUAAAUCAUAAAGUAAUAAUACAUUCCUAUGAGCCACCUUUUAAGUGUGAGGUAUGUAGUUUUGCUGCGGAGAGUAAUAAGACUUUGCAGUUGCAUAAAGCGACCCACACUGGUGCGGAGACCUACAAAUGUAGCACAUGCAAUUAUACAACUUUAAGGAGAGAUAACCUAACACAACAUGAAGCGAGACAUGCUGCCAAACGUUUCAAAUGUGAUAAAUGUAGUUUUGGUUGCAAUCAAGAGUAUAGACUAAAAAACCAUGAAAGGACACACACAUACAAGACAUGAUGAGAAGCUUAACAAGCAUGUCUAGGAGACGAGACCAUGAAACACAGGAAGAUUCAGAAGAGGAUCAGCCGGCGGCGCCACUACAUCCAGUUCAAGAUAAAUAAUUUAUUAUUAUUGUUUCUUUUAUAUUAUUAAAAAACACAUGUUGUAAUAAAAAUUAACAUG